GCCUGCGCAGUGUGGCCUGCACACCUUAGUUCCCAUGUCAACUUGUUAAUCAAUCUGAGCAGCAGGGUAACAUGGCCGGUAGGGUCGGGAGUAGUUCUGGCGGUGUUACGCAGGUUUAUUUGUAGCAAGUUUACACUUUACUUGGUAACCAGGUUAAGGAAGUAACGUUACUAUUUAGUAACAUUGGAUAGUCAUAGUUUUAAUUGCCAUCAUGUUCCCAACUAAUAGCAGGGUAAAACUCAACCGCGUUGCGUUAAAAGAUGUUAUUGGGCUAAAACUGGUGCCGCGGCGGAGACGAGUCCCGAAGUCGCAGAAUAACGUUACAGCUGACUCCAAAAAACAAGAGGAAAACCAACUAGUUUCUGAACUCGUGUCAGUGAAAGACACUACCUCCGCCCAUAGCAGCCAUGAACCCGUCCAAACGUUCCUAACAGACCAAAUGGGCCCAGAAAAUGUGACCCACACGGCCUGUAACAUCGCUGAAGGAGAGCCGGAGGAGAAUUGCGUAGGUACGCAAAAGGCAAAGGGGGGACAUACUGCGCAGUUAUGCAAAGGGAAUGAUAGUAUGGAGUUUAAACAAGAAGGGCCGUACACUAGAGACUUUGAUAGAAAUACGCACCCAAGCUCCGCUGGACUUGCUGUUUCAGGAGGGUCUUUGAGAAGAGCUGUCCAAGCCUCCGGCUGUGGUCUCUGUGGUGACUGUAAAUACAUUUCCCCUCAGUGGAAGACAUUGGGUAAGCAAGGGCAAAAAAGCAGUAGCCCAGGGCCAGAGCAACCUACCGUUGAGGUUAAGAUCAAGAAAGAAAACACUGUCACUGAGACCUCUAAGAAGAUUAUCGUAUGGAUAGACCAGUACCCGAAGGUGGCACUUUGUGACAUAGCCCAAAAAUGUGAUGCUUUUAGUCACGAUUGUGGCUACGUGUUACCAGAUGUUCUCAAGACCAAGGUUGUGCAUUGCUUCAAACAGGACAUGAGAGCUGGAUUUCGGUUUGUGCCCGGUUGUUUAGGGCAUAACAAACACAAAAGUGAUGAAGAUGCUCUGGCUAACGGAGACUUUUGUCGCAGGGCUCAGUCUGAGAAGAGUGUCUGUCAGUCUCAGAGUCUGACUGAACACCAGAGACACCAUAAAGAACUCACUGAUGCACAGACGUUAUCAAGUCAUACCACAUGUCGGUUCCUCAAGAGUUGGACAAGUGAAGGCUCUGCAACCUGUUCUGCUUCUUUCUUACUAGGUAAACGUGCAAAAAAGGGGGAGUGCAGGACUGGCAUGUGUGACAAUGAUGUUGAGGAGGAUCCUGGGCCAGGAUCUUGUCUCAUAGGAGCGGAGAUUUGCAGAGACAAAAGAUUAAAGCUUGGGGAUAGUGUUAAAGGUGGGAUAUUACCAUCCACUCCAGAUUUAGAAAGCAUUAGUUGCAAAAACCCAGCAAAAACCUACUCUAGAGACAAAGAGAAAACCUGCUUUUGGGUGUCUGAUGACAGUCAGUCAGGUUUAGAGCAUGCAGUUGGGGGCAGCAGCACUUUUGGCUCAGCUGUGAAAGAAAACUGUGUCCACAAGAAACCUUGUGGUGAGAUAGACAGUCCCACAAAAACAGCACAAAUGUCAUCAGAACUGUUCUGUCAGAGGAGUGAGGUGGACAUGGAUGAACUAGAGUCAUUCACCUGCCAGAGAGUGAGGGCCUAUUUCAGAAAAAAUCAUUUUUCUUGUGCACGCACAUACAUGUCCUGGCCCUUCUGGUCCCUUACAGCACAUGCUGGUACUACAGCGGGUCCAGCAGAGCCUAUUGAUCCAUCAACUAGAGAUAGCAGUGACUCUCCAAUAAAUACAAAUCAGCCAGGUUCAUCCAGCAACCAAACCAAUGUCAUGCUCCCAAAUGCAUCCACAGACCCCUCUUUAGGCACAAUCCACCAGUUUUCUCAUCAAAAUGAAGAGAAGCGAGAAGGGGAUGGAGAAAGCCUUUUAGCAGAGAGAAAUGGGAAAAGACAUGAUAGUAUGUCUUCAUACUCUUCAGACAGCAAAAACAUGGAGUUUGCACCUCACUUAAUGGGGGCUGAAGAAUCACUAGCCAGCCUUCCCUCAGAUACGGCUACCCUUUCCAACCAAAGUCAGCGUGGAAGAGAGCAUGGCACCAACACAGUCUCAGCCUCAUCUUUGCCAGUUAAUGGACCUAAAACUGACAGCUCCCUGUCUACCCCCUCCCCCUCAGCACUUUGCCUGAGUGACUGGGAAACUGCCACUACUUUGUCUUCCAUGUCAUCUCCAUUCACACAUGGUGGUUUGAGCAGCCUCUCAGCCACACCAUCCUCUCUCCCAUCUUCAUCAUUCCUACUGGAGAAAGUAAAAAGUGUUGAGUUGGAUGAUGCCUCUUUAGCCAAAUGUAUGGUCAAAGCUGUAGAAAAAACAUUGUUCUGCUGUGAAGAAACCCAGAUGACUCCUCCACACAACUCUGAGUCCUUUCAUUCAUGUGAAACCUCCCUCCUCCUCCCUCAAGACGAACAAGAGAGUGAUGAAGAACUCACAGGAAGGAGCCCACCACAACUGGAGCCAUAUUAUAAUACAAGCUCCGUUAACCAUGAUCUUGUAGUUGCAAAAGAGAGAUCAUCGCACAACAUCCUCACAGAAAAGGGUGUAAAAAUGGAUUCAAAUGAGUUUAUGCUACCACCAAUGCUCUCUCCUGUCACUACACCACAAGGGCACUCACGGAAAAGUUUCCUGCCCCAAAGCCCAGGUUGUUCAGAUGAAGAGGAGGAGGAGGAUAAAAUAAACAAAGACACCAGCAAACACAAAAUGUUACCUGGAUGUCACAUCUCACAAAUUGUUAAUGGCAAUAAUGAAAACUCCAAGGGUUAUCUUGAACAUGGUGUUGAAGAAUUGGAAGGAGUCUCAACAAAUUUCUACUCUACUACUCAGUCUUCUCCCAGCAAUGAUGAAGAUGUGGAUGAUAAUAAUGAAGAGGAAAGCCAGGAUGAAAGUGAUUAUGAAGAUGAUUUGGAACAGAUUAACAAAAAAUCAGAAGUUCCCUCCAACCCUAAAAUAAAGGCAACCCUUGACUCGGGUGUCCUGACAGAACCCUGCUCUUCUCCUAGCAGUGAUGAAGAUAAUGGUGUAGCCUUCAGUGAUGAGGGACAGCCACGUUCUGCUAGAGAAGAGGGAUCGAGUCCAUCUGAAAUAUCAGAAGGUGAAAGGGACGAAACUAAAGCAGAGGCAGCUGGUGAUACUCUGGAUACUUUGGAUGAGUUGACAGCUUAUGAACAGGAUAUCCUGCUUGUCGAUGUGAUCCAGUUUGACCCAGAGCUGUUUGAAAACCUGCCCCAGGAAAGUUUACUGAAACUGGGUCCUACCAGGGUUAGGGAGGCCCUUAAAAGCACACCUAUUGGAGGGGUGAAGACGCUGUCGUCAAGGAUAGAUGGAGCAUCACUGCGGUUUGAACAAAGAUUGACCUCAGUUAAUAUUAAUUAUCACUGCGACAGUCCUGCUAUCACAGAGGAGAGCGACAAGAGGCCAUGGAGGCCUCAAAGUAGCAGCACCCCUUUCAAAACACAGAGCAACACAUGGCCUGCCACAGAAAAGCAAACCAAAAACAUGGGUCAGCCUGAUGCCAACAACAAUCAUGUAAACGGAGGCCUGGAACGGAACCAGCCCAUCCAGACAGUGAACUCCCCGCAUAAUCACAUCCCUCCACUUAUGACUAUAAAAAAUGGGCCAUGGAUCACAAACCCAGCAAACAUGGCAGAGUUGAGGCGCCAGAAAUCUAAUACUUACUGCAGGCAGUACUUCAGUGAGUCGCUGUCCUGUGGGUUCAAGAUGUGUCGGUUCCAGCAUGUGCCUGUGGAAGGGGACGAGAAGUUCUGCGUUGAAACUGUGACACGGUUCACCAAAAACCCAAUAUGCCUUCAAAAAGCAGGAGCUGUGUUUACAGGCUACUACCAGAACAACCCACCAGGAGUGUAUUUCUCCAUGCCGGUGCUUCUGUCACUCCUCUGGGCUCUGCUCAAAGCCGGCAUGGUGUCUGAUGUCUUCUCAGUCCUCGGCGUCAGCGUGGCCCACAAGAUAGUGCCCGGCCAUGAGUUCCUGUUGGCCCUCUUUAACCUUGUGAGAGAAAAGGGUCUCAUGGGUUUUGUACCGGAACUCAUGCAGCUCACAUUCAAGAUGGCCAGUGCAGGCCUAGUGCUGAGUUUGGACUGCCUUGACUGUGUAAAAAACACUCCUGAGUUCCAGCAGACAGUCCAUCCAAACUCGCUUGUUUCAUUGUCUGGCAACCAGUUAUCCACCAGUGCACCCCUUCCAGAGUACCUGAAUUUGGCCCAUGCCAUUGUGGAAGUAGAGCUUUGUACCAAGCAAGAGGACUGGAGGCGGAUGGGGGAGGUUUUCCGGUCCAUCUGCCAAUCCAGCCGACAUCCCAACCAAAUGGAGCGAAUCAGCGGUCGCAUUGCCAUAGCGCUCCUGUCUGAGAGCAAAGACAAGCUGGCACUGCCCUUUGCUGCCUUCGCUGAGACAGUUUGUCAGAGUGAAGGUGAGGACAGCCUGUUCAGGAGUUUUUUAGGCAGAAUUGGAGUCUCUCUAAUGUUGAGAUACCACAAAACACAUCAAUGGACCAAGGGUCGUAGAGUGGUGGAGGUGCUGACCAUUUCAAAAGUCAACUACUCAACGCUGAAGGGUUUGUUUGGGAAUGAGGAUGGAGCAUCACGCUGCUACCUGGUCACUGUGGCUACUGAGCUCUUCCUCCUGAGUGGCAGCGUGGAGGGAGCUCUAAACACACUCCGAGAAAACAAAUGGUUCCUGAGUUCGUGCUCGUGGCCGUGUGAGCCUGCUGAUCUGGAGAGUCGGACUCGUGUGUUGAUACGUCUGGCUGAGAAAACCUCUCACAGAGACACGCUGGAUGUCCUCUGUAAUCUCCCUGGACUCAAAGAGCCGAACGACUUGGUCGAUGUCUCCAGGUACGGUCACCUGUUCAACUCUCACCUGCAAGUGUGUGUGGACAGACAGACACUUCCUGUAGCUUCAGACACAGUGGACUUCAUGCUUUCUAAAAACCUGGCAGUUGACCACGCUAUGCUACAGACACUUUUACACAAACUGGGCAAGCAAAACCUCUGGCUCCGGGCACGGGAAGUCUUCAGACACUCUCUGAGUGUGGGGUACUACCCAGGUGUGUCGGCUCCCCCUGGUUUCAUGGCACUGAUCGUCCCCUGUCGACUCGGGGAGGUGGAGCUGGCUCUCACCUUUGAGAUGUUCAUCACUGUCAACGCAGCGGCCGUCCUCCACCUGUCAGAAACCACCACUUCCUGUCUCAGCAUCACUCUCAAAAGGACUCAAAGCUGUGAGAGCGAGUACCUCUCAGCUGGUAGCCGCCUCCUCUCUGCAGCUUGCAUCCCUCAGCCCAAACUAAUCGUUCACUACACAGCAGUGAACGCCUCACAGGAGCAAGUGUUCACACUUGACAUUUCCUCUGCUCGAUGCUGGCUCCGUCACAAUCAUUUGUGGGCCAAUGAGGUGUGGACGCACUGAACCAAACGGUUAUUCCCCUGCGGCCCCUGGAAGUACUUAACUUUCCUUUCCCUUCAAGCUGCUUAUGUUCCAGAGACAUGAGUUGACUCUGGGGAAAAGGACCAAUGAAAUCAGGAAAAAGAAAGCAUGUGCAUUUCUGUUGACUGUACGUUUGUAACACUAAAGGUCAUAUUUCAAUUUAACCUUUGCCUAAAAAGCAGAAAAUCACAACCAAAGACUGACGCCAGAACUUUACACUGUUAGUUUUUCACAAGGCCUAUAACUUAUUUUUGUUGAAAUUUGUUUUAAAAUAUGUUAAAGGAUUUUUUCGUUAAUUCCUUGUUGUUUCCUGAGGAGUUCUUUUUAGCUAAUUUGUCUUUGAUUUAUGUCACUCAGUGUUUGUGUGAUUUACUAUUUGACAAAAUAAGUCUGUUGGAACAGAGUCCAGCAUAAUUCGUAGGGUUGGUGUUGCAAAUAUUAUAUUUUGUUUAUACAAAAAUGUAAAUAACAUCUGAGUGUAUAUAGGUAUAUAUUUAUAAUGGUGUUUAGUCUUUGACAGUAUUAUGUUACCGUAUUAUAUUACUAAUUGUCAAAACCUCAAUUGUUGCUAGUUCAAUAGCUGUGCUUUACAUUUUCUUUAUAUGAAGUUUUUAUAAAAAAAUUGUUCUGCUC